AUGCUACGAUCAUCCCGUUCCAGAUCAGUUCGCCUCCGAUGUUCUCAGUCAUCCGAUGGUAAAAAUUUCAAGGAAGUGUAUCAAGACGGUCCAGGGUUUGCACCGAAUGAAUAUGUGAUAUUUGUCGAUAGUGAAAAUAAAGGCGCUUGUGCUAGUGGAUCAACACUGGCGUUUGCUGGUCCAUGUGAAAUGCAUCCAACAACUGACAGACCAAUUAUGGGAUCAAUCAACUUCUGUCCACAGAAAAUGGAAGUCGAUGAACCAGGAAAGACGAUGUUGGUUGGUACGGCUAUUCAUGAGUUAGCGCAUGCUUUGGGAUUUGUUAAAACUAGCUAUGCUUUAAUGCGUGACGAAAAUGGUAAUCCCCGAACACCGAGAGAUCCGAAAACAGGCAAGCCGCCGAGGAAUGAUCGCGGACAAUUUGUACCGAGUGAGAGUACUGUUAAACUCAUCAAUCGUCCAUGGAUUUCAGCUGUGGGAUCGUUCAGCAAACAAUUUUUAGCCUUUGUCACUCCACAACUAUUGGCUGAAGGACGUAAACACUAUAACUGUCCUAAUCUGGAUGGGAUUGAUAUAGAGAAUGAAGGUGGUGAAGGAACUGUUGGAACACAUUUUGAGAAACGGGUAGUUGGAGAUGAAAUUAUGGCAGGUGUAACUGGCGUGAAGACAGUGGCAUCACGAUUGACACUUGCAUUCUUCAAGGAUUCUGGAGGGAAGAGUAUUGAACCGUAUUGUGAAGAGAAGAGUGAUGUGAUGUGUUAUCACAAGGCCGCCUUUGGAAUAUGUGCUGUUGCACAGUUUACUACAAGUUUGCCUGCACCUGAUCAAUACUUCAAAGCUCAAAAAGGAAACAUGUUCGGUCAAGAUUUCGGCAAUAAUUCAGUAUGCAUUAGACAUAAAGGAGCUUGGGAAGCCAAAAUGAAUGGGAUGGUUUCAAGAGAUGCUCGAGUCAAAGCAACUUGUCAUCAGAUUUCUUGUUCUGAUGGUCUCAAAGUAGUUGUCGGUGGACAAGCGUUUCCCUGUCAAUCAGGUGUAGCAAGAAUUCAAUCGAAGCAGAUUACUGGGGAGGCUAUCUGUCCCCCACCAAAUGAAGUUUGUGGAGUAAGAAACAUUUACAUGGAAGAUAAUUGUUUUUAUAUUACGUCUAGUUCUCUUUUUGUCAUGGGAAGGACUCAAACUCAGGCUUCAAUGAGAGGAAAUAUUUCUCGUUGA